AUGAGCAGCCCCAAGCGGAGAAUCGAGACGGAUGUCAUGAAGAUGUACGCACACCGACUCCCCCAUCCGUUCCGAUUUGGCCGCUUGAGGAUUAACAGGCUGAUGAGCGACUACGAAGUGACUUUGGUGAAUGACAAUAUGUAUGCGCUCAUCCUCCCCCGGAACAUACUCCGAAUGAUGCAUACGAAUAAUGGUUUCAGGCAAGAAUUUUACGUCCGUUUUAAAGGACCAGAAGAGACACCCUUUACCGGUGGCCAUUGGAAAAUCCACGUGGAACUGCCCGAUCAGUACCCAUACAAAAGCCCAAGUAUUGGCUUCGUCAACCGCAUCUUCCACCCGAACAUCGAUGAGCUAUCCGGAUCUGUCUGCCUUGAUGUCAUCAACCAGACAUGGUCACCGAUGUACGACAUGAUCAACAUCUUCGAGGUCUUCCUUCCGCAACUUCUUCGAUACCCUAACCCGUCGGACCCACUAAACGGCGAGGCCGCGGCAUUGCUGAUGCGGGAGCCCAAGGCAUACGAGGCAAAGGUGAAGGAAUACGUAUCCAAAUACGCCAGCAAAGAGGCUGUCGACGAAGCGGGCGAGGAUACCGAGUCCGAAGAUGAACUCAGUUCCGCCGGCAGCUACGAUUCUGGCGGUGAAGAACCGGCGGGUGCAAUGGACGACGUCUGA